AUGUCGUAUCAGAAAGUACAAAAUUUUAAAUGUCGAUGUCCACUUAUACGAAUUGGUGUGUUUGGUAUUCAUGAAUCUCAUCAAAUACCUAAUAUUCCUUGUGAUCGUUCGUUAAAUGAUGUUUUUCUUAAUCAACAUCUUCAAUGGUAUCAUAAUUUCGAUAGUGUAUCAGCUCGAAAAUUAGUUCGUGCUAUUUUCAAUAAUGUCAGCCCAAAUGAAACUCUAUUUAGUAUUGAUGAACCUAUAAUUAAACGAAAUAUUUCUGUUGAAGGCUAUAAAUGUAAAUGUCCAUUGACACAUGAUGGUGCAUUUGGUCUAUCAGAUGAACAUGAUAUAACUAAUGUUCCAUGUGGACGAGCAGACAAAGAAGUUCUUUGUUUUCAGCAUUUACAAUAUCAUCAUAAUCUUUCUUCACGAGCAGCUAAAAAAAUCGUUCUUGCUGUUCUAUCUUAUACUCCAACAGUAACACAAUUAUUUCAUAAUGAUGAUCUUGUUACACAAUCGAAAUGUGCUGUAAGAAAACUCAAAAGUAAAUGUCCAUUACUAGCACAUCAUAUGUAUGGUUUGAGUGAUCAACAUCAUGUUCCAAAUAUUCCAUGUGAUCGUGCAGAUCAAGAUAUAUUUUUAUUUCAUCAUUUAACUUAUUUUCAUAAAUUAAAUGCUAAAGCAGCAACAAAAUUAAUUCGAGCAUUACUUUUACGCAAAGAUCCAUCAGAACCACUAUUUCAUUACAAUGAUAUUAUUGUUGAAUCUAAACAAACGUUAAAUAAUCAACAAAUACGACGAACUAAAAAAAUAACCAAUAAUCAACAAACAUUAGGUCAGUUUAAUUAUUCGAAUCAAUUUGAUUCAAAGUCAUUCGAAAAUUUUUCAUCAAAUUUUGUUGGGAAUGUACGAUCUAAAUAUCCUUGUUUUUUUAAUCCUUUAAAUACAUCGACUUUGUCAGCUUUAAUCCAUAAAAAUUCGCCUGGAAAAUUCGAUAAUAAUGCAACUCCACUCGAUUGUACUUUAAAUAAACAACACCCUUAUCAAGCUGAUGAUUAUAAUCGUGAAAAAAAAAAUUAA